GGAAAUCAGCUGAUAGCAAGUUGUAUCUCUGUGUUUCCUUUGUGUUUCUUAUCUAAAUUGAAUGUACAAAGCUACACGCUGUAGUUAUUCACUUGACCUCGUAAGAUACGCAGGAUUAUAAAUAAAAGUAAGUGACAAGAUGAAGCUAGUAAUAUUAGAUAAGUAUAAAGAUGUAUCAGAAUGGGCAGCUAGAUAUGUCAGACGGCGUAUAAUUGAUUUUAAACCUGGACCGGAGAGAUAUUUUACUCUUGGACUACCAACAGGUAGCACACCUUUAGGAAUGUAUCAAGAAUUAAUCAAAUUACAUAAAGCUGAUAAAUUAUCAUUUAAAUAUGUCAUAACUUUUAAUAUGGAUGAAUAUGUAGGUUUGGAAAGAGACCAUCCUGAAAGUUACCAUUCUUUUAUGUGGAAUAAUUUCUUUAAACACAUUGAUAUAGACCCUAAAAACGCCCAUAUUCUAGAUGGUACUGCAGCUAAUUUAGUGGCUGAGUGUAAUGAAUUUGAAAGAUUAAUUAAAGAAGCUGGUGGAAUUGAAUUAUUCAUUGGAGGUAUUGGUCCAGACGGUCAUAUAGCUUUCAAUGAACCAGGAUCUAGUUUAGUAUCUAGAACUAGAGUUAAGACAUUAGCACAAGAUACAAUAGAAGCUAAUGCUAGAUUUUUUGGUGGAGAUGUAACGAAGGUACCUAAUGAAGCUCUUACUGUUGGAGUUGGCACUGUGAUGGAUGCCAAUGAGGUGAUGAUUUUAAUAACAGGAGCUCAUAAAUCUUUUGCCUUACAUAAAGCUAUAGAGGAGGGUAUUAACCACAUGUGGACUGUUUCUGCCUUCCAACAACAUCCACAUACUAUUUUUAUCUGUGAUGAGGAUGCCACACUGGAAUUACGUGUUAAAACUGUCAAAUAUUUCAAAAGUUUAAUGAGAGUCCAUAAUAAACUGGCUGAUGAUCCAGAAUGAAUAUUUUACAAGUUCUACUUGUUUGUUUGUUUUUGUAGGUGUUGGCCUAUCUUGCUCAAUCUAUCACAUUUAAGUGAAUAGGCAUAAUCAGAAAGAAAAUAUUAAAAUAUCUGAAUAUUUUAUGAUAAAAUUUUGUUUAAAAUUGAUGAAAUCAGGGCAUUAUUUCUGACUAUAAUUUUUGAAAAUAUAUUAGAUGCCCAAAAAAGGUAAUGAAUGAUAAAUCCAGAUUUCAAAAGUUCAGUUUUCCAUCGUUUAAUGGGGGAUAUUCAGUUUAAAGACAUUUGUUAUGUUUAUUGGUUUUUUAGGGUAGCAUGUUUUUGAAUUUGCUGUAAUAAAUUAUAUGUAGAAGAUAAUUAAUCUAAACUUUCCUCUGUUGAGUGUUAGAUAUUGUAGUGUAUGCAUGUUGACAAUUUACUACAUCAUUUUGUACAUAAAAACAAUAAGUAUCUUGUCUCCCCUGUCAGACUAUGAAAAGUAUGUGUCAAAACAUUUUGGUGCAUAUAUCAUUGCUUUUUUUUUUAUUUGACUUUGAAUGAAAGUUCAUCUACAUUAUAUUUCAUAACUUUUUAUCAUUUGAAAUGUUGUUAUUGAAUUUUCCUUCAGAUAUCAUGUUCUUAUUCUUUGGUUUUGCAUCUAAGUCUUGCAUAAUGCAUAAAACAAAUAUAUGUGCUUUUUGUUGUAUACCCUACAGGUUUCAUUCCAAAAAUGCUGUGACAGGGCAUUAUUACUUGUAUUUCCAUUGUAUGUACUCUAAAUACUGUUAUUAUUUCUGUGAUUAAAAUUUUUUAAAAAACUU